GUGACCGAUCAACCAUCCUUCUCUCUGGUAAACCUCACUAAAAACAAAGUAAAUCUCCCUCCUCCUUCGGAUGCGAUCUCAUAAUCUCCAGCGACAAAACUCAAGCUGAAUCAAGAUCGAAUCCGUCGUCAAUGGAGUCUUCGUCCCAAUCGACCGCCGAUCGAGACAAGGGAGGUUCCCCUUCGCCUCUCGCCGUCGUCUGCAGUUUCUGGAGAGAAUUUGACUUAGAAAAAGAAAGGAGUGGACUCGAUGAACAGGGACUGAAGAUUGCUGAAAAUCAGGACAACAGUCAGAAAAACAGGCGAAAACUUGCAGAGAGUACUAGAGAUUUUAAGAAAGCAUCAGCGGAUGAGAAGUUAAACUUGUUUAACUCGUUACUGAAGGCUUACCAAGAAGAAGUGGAUAAUAUAACUAAAAGAGCAAAAUUUGGUGAAAAUGCUUUUCUUAACAUUUACCAGAAGCUAUAUGAAGCUCCAGACCCCUAUCCAGCUCUUGCUUCUAUUUCUGACCAAGACCAAAAGAUUUCUGAACUUGAGUCAGAAAAUCGAAAGAUGAAGCUUGAACUUGAAGAGUAUCGGGCUGAAGCAGCACAUCUAAAGAAUCAGCAGGCUACAAUACGAAGACUUGAGGAGCGCAAUCGCCAGCUAGAGCAACAGAUGGAGGAGAAAGUGAGAGAAAUAGUUGAGAUCAAGCAGCGUAGUCUAGCUGAAGAAAGUCAGAAGACACUGGAGGUUCUGAAAGAAAGGGAGUAUCUGUUGCAGGAUCAACUGCGACAAGCCAAGGAGAGUGUGAUGAAUAUGCAGAAAUUACACGAAUUUGCACAAAGCCAAAUGUUUGAACUUCGUGCUCAAUCAGAGGAGGAAAGAGCUGCUAGGCAAGCUGAGGUCAAUCUUCUUAUGGAUGAGGUUGAGCGGGCUCAAACGCGUUUACAAAGUUUGGAGCGAGAAAAGGGUGUUUUGCGUUCUCAAUUGCAAACGACUAAUGAAGAACAUGAAAAUAAAAACAGCGAUGAUCUGGAUCCAACAAAUGUACUUGAAAAUUCCUUGAUUGCAAAGGAGAAGAUAAUCUCGGAUUUGAAUAUGGAACUUCAUAAAAUGGAAACCACCUUCUCGAAUGAGAGGGAGCAGUACAUAAAUGAGAUUAAGAAAUUAAAUACAUUACUUGAUGAGAAGGAUACUGCUCUUAUAGAGAUCAAGAAAGAGCUUCAGGAAAGGCCAACUGCAAAACUUGUUGAUGAUCUGCGUAAAAAAGUUAAAAUUAUGCAGGCUGUUGGUUACAAUUCAAUUGAGUCUGAAGAUUGGGAAAUAGCUACUGAUGGUCAAGAAAUGAGCAAGCUGGAGUCUCUGCUUCUUGACAAGAACAGGAAAAUGGAACAUGAAUUGACACAAUUGAAGGUCAAAAUUUCAGAAAAAACAAGUAUGUUAGAGACAGCUGAAGCAAAGAUUGCAGAGCUGACUGUGAAAGUGAAUGAACAACAAAGGUUAAUUGCAAAACUUGAGGAUGACAUACUCAAGGGUUACAACUCAACAGAACGUAAGGGUUCUGCUUUCAAUGACUGGGAUCUUCAGGAUAUGGGCACAAGUGAGAUAUCUGAGGGUACUGAUCAAAGGCAUAUAGUGUCCGAUCAAGAUCAAAAUUCAAUGCUCAAGGUAAUAUGCAAUCAGCGUGAUCGUUUCCGUACGCGAUUACGCGAAACAGAAGAGGAAGUAAGACUUUUGAAAGAGAAAAUAGGGUUGUUAACAGCAGAACUGGAGAAAACGAAGGCAGAUAAUGUUAAGCUUUAUGGAAAGAUCCGAUAUGUUCAAGACUACAGCCAAGAAAAACUUGUUUCUAGGGGACCAAAGAAGUAUGCAGAAGACAUUGAAAGUGGUUUCAGUUCAGAUGUAGAAUCCAAAUACAAGAAAAUCUAUGAGGAUGAUAUAAAUCCUUUUGCUGCUUUCUCAAAAAAGGAGAGGGAUCAAAGGUACAAGGAACUUGGUAUUAGAGAUAAGAUCACACUUACCAGCGGUCGUUUUCUUCUUGGCAACAAAUACGCCCGAACUUUCGUAUUCUUUUAUUCCAUUGGACUGCAUCUCCUCGUGUUUACAUGCCUCUACAAAAUGUCAGCCUUGAGUUAUCAAAGCACCACAACGCAUGCUCGUGAUGAUGUUAUCUACGCCGAGAAUGGUACAUUAACACAUGCCUUCUUAUAAAAGUAGAAUAUUAACACUGUUCUUUUAUUAUUUGAAAUGGAAAGGGUAUAUCUUUCCUUUGUCUAUGAUGUAAAACGAACAAUUAUGUAUGUACAUAAAGGAGAGAGAAUUUUCUGUAACUAUGGUACUUACAUAGAAAAUAAUUGAUUUAUAUUUCUGUAGACAGCAAUCUUUUGGCA